GGUAUCUCUCAGGGCAAAAUGCUAAGACUGACACCAUCUAAUCCCACACUUGCUCCGCGUUAGGUUAUUAUACGAGCACGGCUUUUCUCGGUGCACGGAUGAUAUUCGUUCCGUCUUGCGUUUAAAAGAGAUCAUAUGGGUGGUUUUUGGUCUCCUUCGAUCCAUUCAGAGGCACAAUGCCAAGUCUUACGGUUCCACAAACUCCAAGAUAUGUCCCUGCCCUGCCUACUAAAGAAAAACUCCAAUAUGCAGAUCUUGCCAUCAUCGACCUCUCCAAAGCAGCUACCACAGAAGGCCGCGCAGAACUAGCGGUUGAACUACGAGAGGCCUUGACUAGUCAUGGGUUUUGCUAUAUUAUCAACCACGGGUACACUCAAGCUCAGAAUGAGAGGAUGUUUGAUAUCGCAGAUAUUCCCAUGUCCGGCGUACCUGAAGAUGAAAAACGGGCGUACACAGGAGACAGCAAGAAGACAGGCAUAUUUCAAGGCUAUAAACCAAGACAAUACUGGCACAUUGAUGCAGGCGUGCGUGACCAACACGAGCACUAUAACUGCAACCGCCACGUCUACAGCCUGAUGCACCCACAAGCACUCAGACCGUUUCUUCCCGAUAUCGAUGCCUUUGUGCGCCAUAAUCACCACAACAUUCUUCAUAAAAUUUGCAGGCUUAUGGCAUUGAGCCUUGAACUUCCAGAAGAUACAUUCGUGAAAUUGCACGACUUUGAUGCACCCGGAGUAUCAUAUCUGAGGUUUAUGAAAUAUUUCCCUAGGUCAGAAGAAGAAGAAGUUCGGACAAAAAAUGUCUGGAUGAAAGGGCACACAGACUUCGGGAGUAUCACCCUACUUUGGAGUCAGCCUGUUGCUGCCUUACAGAUCCAAACGAAGGAGGGCUGGCGCUGGGUCAAGCAUGUCGAGAACGCCUUGCUCAUGAAUAUUGGUGAUUCGAUGGAGUUUCUCACAGGAGGAUUCUACAAGGCAACCAUCCAUCGGGUUGUGCAACCCCCAAUUGAUCAACGUGGCUACACUCGGCUAAGCAUGAUCUAUUUCUCCUUCCUAAAUGACGAUGUCAGAUUGGUACCCCUCAUGGACAGUCCAGUCCUUCAGAGGAUUGGGGUUAAGCGCAAGUGUGAAGACGAUGUAGCUCCUACCAUGAAGGCAUGGAGAGUUGCAAGAAUUAGUGCAUAUGGCGCUAGCGAUCUGCAGAAGGGCAAAGAGCCUGGUAUAGAGGAGGAGGUAUUGAAUGGCAUUGUUGUCAAACAUUACAACUAGGUACAUCCGGAAAUUAAAUCUGCCUUUACUAGGCCUCUACUUGCGCCCCACGUGGUGUUUCGAAGCCAGGAUUUUUCUCAC